AUGGUUCGUGAAGAGCCUCUUGAAGAGGAAAAUGUUGAUCCAAUUCCACCCCCACAACCAGCACGGAGGGUGAUCUGGGAUGAGGAUGAAUUGGACCCGUGGAUAGGAUCAGAUAGGAAAUUAGAACCCACAGAGGAGGUGGAAGAGGUGUGCAUUAGUGACAACGACCAGACCAGAGUAAUCCGAGUCAGGAGGCACCUGAACUCGAAGGUCAAGGCUGCCAUAAUUUCCUGGGUAAAAGAGAACCAGGAUGUCUUGGCCUGGUCUCACUCGGAUAUGAACAGGAUCAACUGCAAUUUCGUAUGUCACACCUUAAACAUUGACGUAAAUGCAACUCCGGUCCGACAGAAGCAAAGACCUCUAGGGGCGGAGAGGGCAGAGGCCCUCAAAUUACCAGUUGAGAAGUUAUCCUCGAUCAACUUCAUUUGGGAGGUCUUGUAUCCCAUUUGGCUAGCCAAUCCGGUGUUAGUACCAAAGCUGAACGGGAUGUGGAGAACUUGCAACGACUUCACUGACCUUAACAAGCCCUGCCCAAAAGAUUGCUUCCCUCUGCCCCGGAUCAACCAGAUGGUGGAUGCUACAUCAGGUUAUGAGGAUGUUCCGGAACCAAUUGAGAAGGAACAUGGAGGUCUACAUAAACGACAUGCAGAUGAUUUGGCAGAAGCAUUUGCCAUCAUUCGGAAGUAUGGGAAGAAGUUGAACCCCAAAAAAUGCACCUUUGGCGUGGCGUCUGAGAAGUUCUUGGGCUUCAUAGUAAGCUCAAGGGGAAUAGAAGCCAACCCGGACAAGAUCUGGGCAUUGUUCGAGAUGCCUUCGCCUCAAAAGCACAAAGAUGUUCAAAGCUUGACGGGAAGAAUAGCGGCUUUAAGCCACUUCGUCUCAAAAUCCACAGACAAGUGCAUCCCUUUCUUCAAUAUACUUUGCGAAAGCCAGAGGUUCGAAUGGACGACCAAGUGUGAAGAGGCCUUCCAUAAGUUAAAGGAGCAUCUGGCCUAA